AUGGCGACAACUACGACAGCGCAUCCAGCGCCUGCGAUGAGCAGUACAGAUUCUGAUCGGAUUGACAAGGAGCCGCGACUUACUCACACAUCGACGAACAUCUCCCUCAGUCCGGAGCUAUUCGAGAAGUUGUAUCUCGCACCCAAGACACCAAAUGCGAACGAUCACGUCGGACGAUAUGCCAAUGCGACACCGUUGGGCUUCCUGGGAUUCGUCAUCUCAACCUUCACCUUUUCCAUGGUUUUGAUGGGCUGGGGCGGCGCUUCUGGUCUCCAGGCUGUCGUUGGUAUAUUCUUCUUCACUGGCCCAGUACUUCUUACCCUGGCAACAAUAUUCCUCUGGAUCCAAGCGCAGUUCUUUCCGAUGAUGGUUUGUGGUCUCUUCUCGGUGUUCUGGUUGUCCUUCGGAAUGUUGCAAUUACCUACACUUGGUCUUGCAGCAGCCUACUCAUCCGAUGGCGAUGCAGCAGCAGGGGCUGUAAGCAAAGAGAUGAAUGCUGUCAUCGCACUGUAUCUUCUUGUUUGGGGCUUCGCAUUGGGUACAUUCUGGCUGUUUACGAUCAGAAUCAACGUAGUGUUUGCUGGCAUCUUCGGGUUCGUGACAAUCGGUGCCUGGGUGUUGAGCGGAGCUUACUGGGCGUUGAGCAACGGAGAGUUUGACAAGGCGCUUAGGUUGCAAAAGGCUGGUGGGGCGCUUCUAUUCAUAGUAGGCUUACUGGGAUGGUACAUGCUCUUCGUUAUUAUGGCGGCAGAGAUGCGAUGGUCGGUUUGCCCACCUGUUGGAGAUCUGAGUAAAUACUGGGCCAAGACAGAUGUUGAGAUUGGUGCAAACGCAGGUGAAAAGAAGGACUAG